AACUGUUUCUGGGAUUUACACACUAUUGUUGCAAUUCACAAUGACUAAGCACUGGCUUUCAGCAUCACUCAUUGGAAUGUCCCUCCCAUUAGUCUAAACAACUGCGUCCGGUGCUGUGCGCUUCCUGGUUAUGGCUAUUAUAAUACAGUUUACUCGAGUGCAAGUGUCACUCCUUACACUCCGGCGAUCGCUUUCACCCUCUUGUAGACUUCUCAGUCGGACCAUGGCUUCUGACACGGUCACCCGGUUCGAUUUUCUGGUCAUAGGCGGUGGAUCUGGGGGGCUGGCCGGUGCCCGGAGGGCGGCGGAGUUGGGGGCUUCCACCGCCGUGAUCGAGAGUCACAAACUUGGAGGUACCUGCGUGAACGUGGGCUGCGUCCCCAAGAAGGUAAUGUGGAAUGCGGCUGUGCAUGCAGAGGUAGCUCAUGACCGAGCGGACUAUGGUUACCUUGGUGGCAACGCUCAGUUCAGCUGGCACAUGCUCAAAAGCAAGAGGGAUGCUUACGUUGGUCGACUAAAUCAGAUCUAUCAGGGGAAUCUCGACAAGGCAAACAUUGAGUCCAUCCAUGGCCUUGCAUCCUUCACUGACGACCCUGAACCCACAGUAGAGGUCAAUGGGAAGAAGUAUACAGCACCACACAUUCUCAUUGCCACAGGAGGCCGACCGUCUGUCCUCAGCGACAAUGACAUCCCAGGUGCGAAUCUUGGCAUCACCAGUGAUGGUUUCUUUGAACUUGAUACCCUUCCAAAACGCAGUGUUAUUGUGGGGGCUGGGUAUAUUGCUGUGGAGAUGGCUGGCAUCCUCUCCACUUUGGGGUCCAAGACAUCAGUCAUCAUUCGACAGGGUGAGGUAUUGAGGAACUUUGAUUCCUUCAUAAGCGCAAGUUGCACCAGAGAGUUGGAAAAUGCUGGGAUUGAAUUGUGGAGGAACACACAGGUGAAGUCAGUCAGGAAAAUGAACCAAGGUCUGGAGGUCACACUGGUCACCAGAGACCCAGAGAAAAAGGAAGAGGACAAGAUCGGGGUCAUUGAUGAAGUGGACUGCUUUCUCUGGGCUAUAGGCAGAGAGCCUAACACUAAUGGACUCCACAUCAGUCAUAUGGGUGUGGAGGUCGAUGAGAAGGGUCACAUUGUGGUGGAUGAAUUUCAAAACACCACCCGUCAAGGAAUCUACGCGGUUGGAGAUGUUUGCGGCAAGGCCCUCCUUACUCCUGUUGCUAUCGCCGCGGGCCGAAAGCUUGCCCAUCGACUCUUUGAAAACAAGCCAGAGUCUAAAGUGGACUACAGCAACAUUCCCACCGUGGUGUUCGCCCACCCACCUAUAGGCACCGUGGGACUCACAGAGGAGGAGGCCAUCAAAAGCUGGGGGAAGGAGAAUCUGAAGACCUACCAAACCUCAUUCACGCCCAUGUACCAUGCCGUCACCACCCGCAAGACUCAGUGCGCCAUGAAGCUUAUCUGCGUGGGCAAGGAGGAGAAGGUGGUUGGCCUCCACAUGCAGGGCCUUGGCUGUGAUGAGAUGCUGCAGGGCUUCGCUGUUGCGAUCAGGAUGGGCGCCACCAAAGCGGACUUCGACAACACCAUUGCCAUCCACCCCACCUCCUCAGAGGAGCUGGUGACCAUGCGCUAAUCUCAAGACCAUCAGUGCCUUCUUUCUAUGCACUGCCCUGCUGGUAUAUAAAAGAAAACACAACAGACUAUGGGAAAGGGGAUAUUUACACGCACUUUCUAUGCUACUGUUUGACCAUAAGGUACCACUGUGACUUAGUCUUGUGUUGUACUUCUCGUAUAUAAGCAUUGAGAGACAUCUGGAUGGACCAAAAGAAUGAAGUGCCGGUGUAGGCUGCUCCAGAGCCGGUUUCUCGGAUUUGAACCAUUACAAACUCCAGUGUAUAUGAAGUGGACUUGCUUAGGCAGUGAUCUGUCAAGUGGUCGCAGAGAAAGCGGUGUAAAUUUCCCAACUCUGGUGUUCGCACAUUCAACUACCUAGCGCUUCUUUACAAAAUUACAAACAGGACCCUGCUUCAGCUUGGUCACCAUUUCACCAAAUGUGUUGUACAUUUAUUAUUUUAAUAAAUCUGGAAUUUUUAGUAAACAGUUGUACCUUGUUGACGUGUUUUGUAUUGUUAUAGAUCUGAAAAAUUAAAUUUCUAAUUUGUUGUUCAA